AUGAAUCAGAGGAAGCCUGGAGCUCAUCCCUGUGACGAGACUUUCCUGACACCCCACUGUAGCUACUGGCACUCUGUCAGGCGCCAGUGACAGGGACACAGGCUGCACCAGCUGUCAACAGCAGCUCCCCAGGUCUCCAAGGCAACCAGCCUGAGGGCUGAGGGCCGGGCCUGUUUCCAUCAGUCAGCCAGACCACGUCACAAAGGGAAGGCAAGACUCCUGUAGCCCAGCCCAAGUCGGAGCUAUUGACCAGGAGGGAGUGUCUACGGGCUCCUGUCAACAUUCAACAGUGUGCUGUAGCAGUAAAAGAGUUUCUGCUGGGAGCAGGUGCUGCCGGCUGGCACGGGGAAAAUUCAAGUUCCUUUUUUUUUUUUUUUACACGGACAGCCAGGAACAGUUCUUUAAAUGUGAAUGAGCUUCGGGCUUUGCUUUCUGACUGUGGCUGCUACGUGAGCGUUUAUUUUCCAAAGCAGGAUCCCGAAGUCCCAAUAGGAACAGGAAUAGAAAGACGGGCAGCUCCUUGAUCGCAGCCGAGGCCCUGAUCACAUCCCUUGGGCAAACAGGUGGAACGGCAAACAGCAGCCCUCGCGACCCGGCGCUCCCAGAGCAUGGCGGACAGUCCGGUGGAGCAGUCCUGCCCCUCUCAGCUGCCCUGGCUGGUGGGGGGCUCCCAGGUGUUCGGCUUGGCGUGUGUGGUCCUCACGGGGGUGUGGAUGGGUCACUACCAGGGGGGCUACGCCUGGGACGGCACCGCCAGGGAGUUCAACAUCCACCCGCUGUGCAUGGUCAUCGGACUGGUGUUCCUGUACGGGGACGCGCUCCUGGUGUUCCGAGUGUUUCGGAAUGAGACCAAACGCGUCACCAAGAUCCUGCAUGGCGUCAUCCACCUCUUCUCCCUCAUCAUCACCAUCGUCGGGCUUGUAGCGGUGUUUGACUACCACGCCAAGAACAGGUUCACCGACAUGUACUCCCUCCACAGCUGGUGCGGCAUGCUGAACUGCGUCCUCUUCUGUAUUCAGUGGGUAAUGGGCCUGACUGUCUUCCUGUUCCCUGGAGGCACACCAAUGCUGCGCAAGUGGUACUUGCCUCUGCACCUCUUCUUCGGCCUGACACUGUUCGCCUUCUCCAUCGCCAACUGCCUGCUGGGCAUCAAGGAGAAGCUCCUCUUCAGCAUCAUGUCCACCUACUCAAAGUUCCCCCCUGAGGGGGUCCUGGCCAACGUGCUGGGCUUGUUGCUGGUGGUGUUCGGGGUGCUGGUGGGCUACAUCGUGACGCGGAAGGAGUUCAGACGCCCCCGCCACCCAGAGGAGGAGGCCUUGUCCAUGCACUUCAAGACCCUGACUGAGGGGGAGACCCCCAACACCCCUUAAAACAACCCCUGACCUGCCCUCCCCCCUUAUACCUCCCCCCCCCCACCAAGUCCCUGCCAGAGCUUUACAGCAAAGAGACUGCAGAGCAGGGAGAAGCUCCACUCCUACUCCAUCGGCGCAAAUCUGAAGACGUGCAGUUAUAUCUAACACACAGCAGUGACCAGCUUCAUGCCUGGAGUAUGCGGAGGAUUUCACCUGCAGGCAAAUGCCCAAUUGUUCUUAAAUCCCAGGUGAACUCUUCAAAUCACGAAGGGACACAAAUUACCCAACAUCAUACUCCGGAUUAACUCAUUAAUAGCUGAAAACCUUACGAAACUGGCACCUGGCAGUACACAGCUAUGAUCGGGAUGUCCCCCACUGCAGUGGACACAACUGGGUGAGUCCUGCCUGAGCUGAGCGGACUUGGGUCCAUCAGGGAUCUUCUGUCCGUCUCGGCACGACAGUGACUCCUGAGGCCCGAUAGGCACCUGCCGGCUUGCAGUGGUGUUAGCGCAAGACUGCUGCUCCCCCAGUCAGAGCUGGCGUUCCUGUAAGGCGCUGCGGAGCCCGCAGGCUUGCCAGCUGGGGACUGGACAAGGUGAUGUGUUGGAGGUCCUCAUUCUCAGCACAACGUACAGCAGUCCCCAAGGAAGGGAAGCGAUUCACAGAGCGUCAGCGACUGCAAACUAGGUGGGUUCAGAAUCAAAAAUAUCUGUAGACUCCAGGUUUUUUGGUCAACGAAAAGUUGGUCCCAAGUGAAAUGAAAGACUACGGACAGGGCAGACGUGGAGAACAGGAACUACGAACUCCUGGCAUGAAAGGCUCAAAGCCAACAAGAUAAUCUGAUCAUAGCUGAAGGCAGGACCCCUAUGCCAAAAACCCCAACAAUUUAAAAUUUUAAAUUUAAAAUCAAACUAGCAAUUAUGACCGCAGGUCAGCACGUCCGUUAUGAUUCCCGUCAGUACACAGCCACUGUUUCAGAGUGUCAGUUUCACACUCCGUCAUACUGAACCUGGAGUGAAGACGGUUUUACCAAUGUCGUACUGCGAAAACAUUUUAAAGAAAAAACCCAGCAGCGUUGGCACUUAAAUUUCGAGCAUGACAAACACUAGGAGAAGGUAUACUAGAUGACCGAUAACAGCCUCUAUGAAGGGGAGAGACCAUCGUAAGAAGGCCGGAGCUUACAGCACUGCCACUCCUGUCCUCCUGACCUUCACAAUGGGCUGCUCUUGACUAGGACAGAGAACGCCAUCGUCAGACCACGCCCGUUAUCUUUUAAAUGUGCCAAACCAUUUACAUGAGUCAACCGGCGCAAGCUUCAAAGUGUGUAUUUUUUUAAGAUCAUGAAAAAGAAGUAUUUAAAAUGAUGUCCCUGCCUUGCCGACUGUGUGAGACCUGUUCCAAGCCCCUGGAGGGGACUUGUGGGGCAUUAGGUGUGCUGUCAUCUUGUGUAUAGUGACUGCUCUGCUGUAUUUCUCCCAAUAAAUAUUUAAUGCAUUU